AUGGCGAAGAAAGGUGGUAAAAAUAAGCAGACUGCAAAAAAUGUGGAAAAGAUAAUUGUAGAGAAGGAGGACGUAGAUGUAGACAUUGACGAAGAAAACGUAGACGUAAACGAAUCUGGAAAGGCUGAACUGGGCCAACCUACUGAUGACACAAAUUCCCAGCCAGCAACUCCAAUAAAUGAAUCCUCCGCGAGUGUAGUAGCAAUGGAUAGGGCGGAGGAAGAGAAUGAAAACGUGGAGGAAAAGGGUGAGGUGGAAGUAAAAGCUGACGAACCGAAAACCGAGAGUAUCCCCACAAAAGUAACCAAGAAGAGGCUCACCUUACAGGAAAGACUUGCAUUGGCUGCAAAAGGUAAAAAGAAGGGGAGCAAAGCAGCUAAUAGCAGUAUCGUAGAAGAUUUAGAAAUUAGGGACUCAACGCCGACACCAGAGCCCAGUAAGGAAAUUGAUCGUUCCCUUGCCCUGCUGCCCCAGGUAGAUAAUGUUGAUCUUUUACAAACGGAAGUUACUGAUCAUUUAUCUUCUUCAUUGAAGGAGCAACUAGAUGAGUCCAAGGUCGAAAAUGUUAAACUAUUAGCAGAAAUCGAGUUGCUAAAGACGAAAUUGGCUACUGCAAAUGUAAAUGUCUCUUCAAAACCAGCAAGCAAUAAUUCUAAUGCCAAGCUUGAAGAGACAAUUCAGCAACUUCUAAAGGAAGGGGAAGCUCUCUCCAAAAAGGAGUUAAAAUUGAAUGAAUCAAUUAAGAAGCUAAAGGCGAAGAAUGAAGAAUUGGAGACAUCUUUGAUAAGCAUAUCAGAAAAGGAUGAAGAUCUUCAAAUGAAGCUCGUUGAAAUUGAAAACAUUUUGAAAGUCAAUAAAGUCUCCUCAGUUGAGCAUCUUUUACAAACAAUGCAUGACCUUUCCAACAGGAGCAAUGAAUUUGAAGAUGUUCUAGAAAGAAAUAAGGAAUUGGAAGCGAAGCUUAAAGAUCAAUUGCAACAAUAUGAAAAAGAAUUGGAAACUAGGAUAGAGUCCCAAAGAGACUACAAUGAAUUAAGCAUUCAAUUCAAUAUACUGAAGAAACAAAAUUUGCUAGAGUUGGAGACGAAAAAUACUUUAAUUGACAAUUUAAAGAAGGAUUUAAAUGAUUUAAGAGGAGCCAAUUUUGACGAGAUAACAAGAUUGGAAGGGAAAAUAGAGCAACUUAGAAUAGAGAACGAGAGCAUUAAUGGAAGUACAGGUGGUAGCAAGGAGUUAAAGGAAGGUAAAUCGUUAUCUUCUAAGAAGGUUAUCGAUUAUAAAGAAUACGCUUCACUCUCAGACAACCACUUCAACCUCCAACAACAAUACCUUUCCUCACAAGAAAACUGGAAAGUUAUAGAACAAAAUUUGUUGAAAAAGGUUGAAGCGUUGAAUUCCAAUGUCGAACUCAUCAAACAACAGAAAAGUAAAAGUCAACUGGAAUUGAAAAAGAUACAAGUCCAAUUGAAUAAAAAGUCGGAAGAAUGUAAAUAUUUGAUGGAAAAGGUUGAUGAAUUGACGAAAGCUAAUGAAGAAAUAACUUUUCAAAACGAGUACAAAGAUAGCAACUACUCAGAGUUGGAAGAAAGAAUGGAGAGUAUUAAGAAAGUGUAUACCAAUGAUAGAAAUAAUUUGAACAUGAAGGUGAAGAAAUUGAGUGAAAGUCUUGAGGAGGCUCAAGAAAAAUUACACCUCCAACAUCAGCACCAGAUAUCGCCAUCAAUACAAGUGGGAAUUUCUUCCCCUCAUAUCCCAAAUGAGCCUCCUUUGACUUUCAAGAGAGGUGGCACGAAUGCAAACUCAGACCUAAACUUGAGAUCAUAUCCACAUCGCGAUAGCAGCUUCAACGAGCACACAUUGUCAUUGUCCGAGAUCAAAUUUGGAGAGUCAAGUAAUACUCCUGCCAUUUCCAGAGAUAAUUCGUCAUAUUUCUUGCAUCAAAACAAUUCGCUGAAUUCUUUCACCACCGAAAUUGGUGUUGAUGGUAUUGAAACGGGAGAAGAUGCCAUUAGCUAUAAUGAAAAAGCUAGCAGUUUGGUGGGAGGAGUCAGUGUCUUCCAAAAUAGCAGCGGCAACAGUAAUAUUAACAAUAACUACGCUACGGGAGCUAUAGGUGGUGGUAAUGUUAACAUUCAACUUAUUAAUAAAAUGAGCUCCAAUAUAAGAAGAUUGGAAAUAGAGUUGAAUACUUUGAAGGAUGAAAACCGAAAACUAGCAGAGGAGAAAGAGCAGGUCCAGAAGGUAAUAAUCGAAAAGAUUAGGGUGGAAGAAGAGAUUGACGGUUUAAAGCAGAAGUCAGAGGAAUUGGAGAGACUACUUGAGGAAAAUAAGAAAAAGGAACUGACGAUGUUGCAGAUUAUAGGUGAGAAAUCUGACCAAGUUGAGGAAUUGAAAGCAGAUGUUGCAGACUUAAAAGACUUAUGUAAGCAACAAGUACAACAAAUGAUAUCGAUGAAAGUGGUCACAUAG